AUGAAGGACGAUACUGAGCUAGAUACGUUUCUUCCUAAGACCAGCUUGGACUCCUCAACUACAGUGGCUGCGAACUCUGGACGGGGAAAGACAAGAACCAAAGUUCAGUUCGUGACAGUAGACUCUGAUGGUUGGGUAAAAAGGGCAGACGUUGUAUUUGUUUUUGAUGAAGACUACACUAUCAUACAAGCUGCAGAGCACGCUAUUGCUCAUUUUCCAGACCCAGAAUCGGCUCCGCCUUUUAAUGAAGUUUGCGUUUUCUUCCAAGAGGGUGACGGGAAGAAGAGGAUCGCGAUUACAGAUGUCAAUGUAAACGUACAUUCCAUGUUCUCGAAUAUCGAUACAAUGAUAGUGGCAAAUGACCGUAAUGUGUUCAAGAUUGAAGCACAUAUGGAGGAUAAGUGUGCGUGCAUUGUUUUCUUGGUUGUUUUUGUCUUAUUCUGCGCAUUUAUAGGCACAAUGACAUAUUUUGCUAGGCACAAUCGAUAA